AUCGCUGCUUCCCAGUCUAUAUGAAAGCGGCGUCCUCGCUCCUCCCUCAUCCAACGAAAACGAGAACAAAAAUCCACCGUCAUCGCACACAGAAAUCAGCCAGCGAUCAACAUAUCGAUUGAUUGAUCGGAGAAUUCCGCCAUGAAUCCCGACAAGUUCACCCACAAGACCAACGAGGCCCUCGCUGCCGCCCUCGGUCUAGCUCUCGAAUCAGGCCACGCUCAGAUCACCCCUCUCCACCUCGCCUCCGCUCUCGCCGCCGACGCUGGCGGGUUGCUCAAUCAGGCCCUUGCCAAUGCUUCCGGAGGCGCCAGCGACUCUGCUGCGCAGUCCUUUGAGCGCGUUGUCUCGGCCGCUCUCAAGAAGAUCCCUUCCCAGUCCCCACCACCAGACAAUAUCCCCCCUUCGACGUCUCUCAUGAAGGUCAUCCGCCGUGCUCAGUCCUCCAUGAAGUCCCGCGGGGACUCUCACCUUGCCGUCGACCAGCUCAUUCUCGGCCUUCUCGAGGACUCUCAGAUAGUCGAUUGUCUCAAGGAAGCAGGAAUCAGCUCUUCUAGGGUUCGCGCUGAAGUCGAGAAGCUCCGCGGCAAAGAGGGUAAGAAAGUCGAGAGCGCUUCUGCGGACUCCAAUUUCCAGGCUCUCAAGACCUAUGGCCGAGAUCUCGUCGAGGUUGCGGGGAAGCUCGAUCCUGUGAUCGGACGCGACGAGGAGAUUCGUCGUGUCAUCCGCAUUCUUUCGAGGAGGACAAAGAACAAUCCCGUCCUUAUUGGCGAGCCCGGUGUCGGUAAGACGGCCGUCGUUGAAGGCCUUGCACAGCGAAUCUUGAGGGGCGAUGUACCGAGCAAUCUGCUGGACGUUCAUCUAGUGGCGCUCGACAUGGGCGCACUUGUUGCGGGUGCCAAGUACCGCGGGGAGUUCGAGGAGCGCCUGAAGGCUGUUCUCAAGGAAGUGGAAGAGGCCAAUGGAAAAGUAAUUCUGUUCAUCGAUGAAAUCCACCUCGUGCUCGGCGCCGGGCGCACUGAGGGCUCCAUGGACGCUGCGAAUCUCUUCAAACCAAUGCUCGCCAGAGGCCAAUUGCGUUGUAUCGGAGCAACCACGUUAGAGGAGUACAGGAAAUAUGUCGAGAAAGAUGCCGCGUUUGAGCGUCGAUUCCAGCAAGUGUAUGUUGCUGAGCCUAGCGUUCCAGACACCAUCAGCAUUCUGCGUGGUCUUAAAGAGAAGUACGAAGGACAUCAUGGUGUUCGAAUCCAGGACAGGGCUCUUGUGAUUGCAGCUCAGCUCUCCAGCCGAUACAUAACUGGCCGACACCUUCCUGAUAAGGCAAUCGACUUGGUUGAUGAAGCUUGUGCAAAUGUGAGGGUACAACUUGAUAGUCAGCCAGAGGAGAUUGAUAAUUUGGAGAGGAAAAGGAUUCAGUUGGAAGUUGAACUGCAUGCUCUCGAGAAAGAGAAGGACAAAGCUAGCAAAGCAAGGCUAGUAGAGGUUAAGAAAGAGUUGGAUGAUUUGAGGGAUAAGUUGCAACCAUUAAUUAUGAAGUACAAGAAGGAGAAAGAUAGAAUAGAUGAGCUUCGAAGGUUGAAGCAACGUCGGGAAGAACUACUAUACACUAUGCAGGAAGCUGAACGCAGGAUGGAUUUGGCUCGUGCUGCAGAUAUAAAGUAUUAUGACUUGCAAAACGUUGACAAUGCUAUAGCAAGGCUUGAGGGAGACACCACUGAGAAUUUGAUGCUGACCGAGACUGUUGGGCCUGAGCAAAUUGCAGAGGUGGUCAGUCGAUGGACAGGAAUACCAGUGACCAGGCUUGGGCAAAACGAGAAGGAAAGGCUAAUUGGCCUUGCUGAGAGAUUACACAAGAGAGUGGUUGGCCAAAAUCAGGCGGUUGAUGCAGUCGCAGAGGCAGUGCUUCGGUCUAGAGCUGGUCUAGGUCGCCCACAACAACCAACUGGUUCAUUCCUUUUCCUUGGUCCAACUGGCGUGGGUAAAACAGAACUAGCAAAGGCUCUAGCGGAGCAACUAUUCGAUGAUGAGAACCUGCUUAUUCGCAUCGAUAUGUCAGAAUACAUGGAGCAACACUCUGUGUCACGCUUGAUUGGUGCUCCACCAGGGUAUGUUGGCCAUGAGGAGGGUGGGCAACUGACUGAAGCGGUGAGACGCAGACCAUAUAGUGUUAUCCUCUUUGACGAAGUGGAGAAGGCUCACAUUGCCGUCUUCAAUACGCUUCUCCAAGUUCUUGAUGAUGGUAGAUUAACAGAUGGACAAGGGAGGACCGUGGACUUCACAAACACUGUUAUUAUCAUGACUUCUAACCUUGGCGCCGAGCAUCUUCUUGCUGGACUAGUCGGUGAAUCUUCAAUGCAGAAGGCUCGUGAGCGAGUUCUGCUAGAGGUGAAGAGGCAUUUUAGGCCUGAGCUACUGAAUAGACUCGAUGAAAUAGUUAUCUUUGAUCCGCUAUCGCACGAGCAAUUGAGGAAGGUGGCUAGACUCCAAAUGAAAGAUGUUGCUCUUCGGCUAGCCGAGAGGGGAGUUGCGUUGGCAGUGACAGAUGUGGCUUUGGACAUAGUGUUGUCGGAGUCUUAUGAUCCGGUAUAUGGUGCAAGACCGAUUAGAAGAUGGCUAGAGAAGAAAGUCGUGACUCAACUGUCCAAAAUGCUGAUAAAGGGGGAGAUUGAUGAAAACACAACUGUCUACAUUGAUGCCGAUAAAAAGAAAAAUGAAUUGGUCUACAAAGUAGAGAAGAACGGGGGGCUCGUUAAUGCCACAACCGGGCAGAAGUCUGAUAUCCUUAUAGAAAUUCCUAAUGGCGCACCCAAAAGUGAGGCUGCUCAAGCUGUGAAGAAGAUGAGGGUACUGCAAGACGUGGAGGACAUGGACGAAGAGUAAGCUGUUCACUGGAACAGUCCGUUGAAAAUAAAUGUUCGGUGUACUGUCUCUCGUCCUCUCUCAUUGAUGUGAAAUGCGUUACAUCGUUUGCCAGUGAGAUGUCGUAAUUGUGGUGAAACUAUAAAUAAAUUUUUGUUUUUUAAA